CCACUGAUGGAUAUCGAAACCGAAUAGUCGAAGGCACAACCCAACAUACUUGCUCUUUACUUGCUCUUUAGUACCGUAUAGGUAUUGACCAAGGUAUCGACCAAACUAUCGACCAAGCCAUCGACCCAGCUAUUUAUCUCAAUCGAAAACAAGCACAAAAACAAAACAAUACCAGUGAAGCCAUGAUUCUUUCUAGACCACAUUUCAGUACCCUAGCAUCUUACCAUCCAGAAGAGUCCUACUAUUCUCCUCAGGAAUUAGGUAUCGAUUUACUCACUCCGCUAUCUCGAUACUUUUUGAAAAACAUUAAGUAUUGGCACUAGAAUAUAACAUGGACUAUAAUAUUCAUCCCACUUCCAAUGGCCCAUCGGCUAGACCCCGAGUUCCUCUCUCAAACAGAUCCAACCUCACUGGCGACCUCGCGCACCAUCACAGUCCCGAUCUUCGAUGGGAUCGCAAGGACUCUUCUGAAGGACAGCCGAGUUCCCAUAGUUCUCUAUACGACGCGGCUUGGGUAUCGACAAGCGACAUCGCGAAGUCACCUUAUCAAACCCCAGCGCCAAUUGCAGCUUCUACCUCGGCUCCGUUAUCAGUAGCCAGGCCUUCGACCCCCCCACAGAAGCAACAACAACAGAAUCGCGGACCCAUAGACCCUAACUCGGAAUCACCACUUUCGCGCCUCGAGCAUACCCUCGAAGCGUACGACGAGAUGUACGACACGUCGACAUUCCUUUACGGUCACGGCACCGAGCUCGCGCCCAUCAUGGAGCAGCGCAGCUACACGACCCUUCGCACUGGCGCUAGUCUUUCGACUUCAGAUAUCUCUUCCCUACUCAAGCACAAGUCGUCUAGUAUCAGCAGCAAGACCAACUUGAACACGACUCAGAACUCCAAUGGCGGAGGCAACAAUGGCAUCGGAAUGGGUCCCCGUCGAACCCUACGCCGACAACACUCCUUCAGUCUCAAUGACCUUAAUCGCGGUGGUGAAACCUCCGAGUCCGUCGCCACAGCCAUUGGCUUUGGCAUGAGCGCCAGCGAAGGCAGCAACGGCGCUAGAAUCCCGCGCCUUCGCAACACGAGCCGACGCCAUUCGCCGCCUACCAUAGAGACCGUAGAUAUUCACGCGUACCCACAGAAGCCAAGUUAUCCACCCCAUCAGGCACCCUCGACCCCCGUCGGCCUCAAGCAGUGGGUUCCUCCACGCACCUCGUCGCAGGAUAACCGAGAGGGUGGCACCUUGUACUACACCCCAGACCGCACUCGCGUGUACGAGCAGCCAUUCCGCGGCGUGCGCAGUGGCCAUGGAAACCUAGACGCACACCCGUUUAUCCGCCAACAACAGCCUCAACAACAGCAGGAGGCGCAGCAAUACUUCCACGGCUACCCCGACCCAAUUACCUACCGUCACCCCGACGACCCUCUCGCAACGCAAUCUCAGGCGGGCGAUCAACGCGUCCGCGCAUACCCCUCUUCUGCCGAACUAGAGCAGGACCGACGCGGCGCCUGGACUUGCCGCGCGUGCGGACGCCCCGCGGACCAGCGAUGGAGUCUCCUCGCUUCGCUGUUCGGCCGCGGUAGAGGCGCCAGGCGAGGCGAGGAUUGGUGCGCCAGAUGUGCGGGCCGCAAGAUUGUCUAUCUUUGGUGUUGCUGUGAGGGGCUUGGUAUGUGAGUGCCUGCCUGGGUGCCUACUUCUUAAGUACUUGAACCCUGGUUCUAUUGCAUUGGAAGGGUACUUAAUCGAUGGAUAAUAAUACGAACGAACGGAUCAAUGAACCGACAGGAUGAAGGGCUAAUAGUGAAGGUACAUACUGGUGUCUAUGACCUUAAGGGCCUAGGCCAGGUUAAUUAAUGGGCGAAGACAUGCUUUGCUACCUCGCUUACCUACCUGCCUUCCUA